GUGAGAACUGCGAUCGAGUGAUAUAGACCGGUGCAGGACGCCAUGGGCUGUAUUAUCGAACACUAUUAAACCAGCAAUACCGCAUACGACACACCCCUCUCACGCCGCGCGUUUCCCGUUCUCCGAUAGACGGCGCGACCUCGCAACCCACGAACCAUUGAGCCUACGAUACGAAAUAAAAUAGGCGUCACACACAUACACAUACAUACACACACCCACAAAGAAAGAUAUUAGGCGGGAAAACAAUCCCUCCAAAACUGCCAACGGAGAAGAGACGCACAAUGUCCACCCGCCAACCGGCGCGCCCACGCCGCAUCGACGACGCCCUCUCCCAGCUUGUCGACUCCCUCACGCCCCCAAUAAGCGACUCCUUCCCCAACGACGAUGAAGAAGCCCUCGCCGCAGCCGAAGAACAGCGCCACAACGCCUACCUCGAGCACUCAUGGCGCGUGCUCGACGCGCACGCCGCCAACCCCGCAAACGACCCGUCUGGCGGGCGGGGAGAACAUCAACAAUGCGGCGGACAUGAUCAAGCGGAAGUUGCUGCGGCAGAACGCGAGUCCUGAUAAGGCGGUGCGGUUUGGGAAUCUCUACUCGCGUCUGUUGACGCAGCCUGUGCUGUCGCAGAAGUGGGCGAUUUUGUACCUGCUUUACCGGCUGUCUGGCUCGGAUGAGUAUGAUGGUGGGGAUGGGGAUGAGGAGAUGAUGAUGGUGGAUAGUCGGAGUCCGCAGGUGGAGACGGGGAAUUUGCAGAGUAUGCUGUUUAAGGGCCAGCGGGCGAGGAGGGGUACCAUUCAGCGCAUGGCGGAGUACUCUGAUGAGGAUGGGCCGGCUGUGAGCUCGUCGGCGUCGCAGAUUCCUGCCCGCGUGGAGCGGAAGGUCUCGGCACGGCGGCAGCAGCAGGAGCUGGAGAAUGAGAAGGCGAGGGAGGCGGAGUAUGAUUCGGAUAGGGCUCGUGAUGUUCGGCCGCCGGCGCCGGUGAGUCGGUCGCGGGCGAAUACGGGGGCCAGGGAGCCUCUUGCGCCGGCAAUGGAACCAGUGCAGCAGGAACAGCCAACGGUGGAAAAAGUACAGAGCGUGGCACCGCCGAGUGAGCAUGGUCUCUUGCGCGAUCUGCCCUUCAACCUGCAGGGUUUGUCGUCUUCGAGUCUAGAGUUUCUGUCGCCUUCUACGUUGAAGCUACCUACUACGCUGCCUGUCCCCAUGGUGUCUCUUUUGAACACCCUAGCCGAACCGUGCUUGCUAUAUCGAGGUCUGGCGAACUUUGUUGAGAGUUCUGGCGAUGGGCUACUCAGCCAGAGUUUACGGGCCGCUCUUUCGAUCGAGCUGCGGUCUUAUCUGGGUCUAGUUGCGACUUUGGAAGGGGAGAUCAGACGGGCGCUCGUCGCGAUAAGCGAGUCCGACGAUGCCCAGAGUGCGUUCAAAAGCGGAGUGACGUUGAAGCGGUGCGUGGUAUGGACUAGAGACGCGACCAUGGCCUUGCGAUUGAUGAGCUUGAUUGUGGAGGAAGCUCAAAGUAAUAAUAGAAAAGGUGGCCAAUUGAUCUCCCUCAUCCAUGGGUUUUCAACUUCUCAUGGAGAUCCGUUUGUUUGUGCAUUUGCGGAGAAAAUCCUUGCGCAGGUUACACGGCCUUUCUACGAUAUGCUGCGGCUGUGGAUCUACGAUGGAGAGCUCUCGGAUCCUUAUAAAGAAUUCUUCGUCUUCGAGCCAGAGUUCAGACCGAGCACUGAUCCGCGGCGCAUUGCGACGAGCGUGUGGGAAGACAAGUACAAGCUGGAUGAUGACAUGGUGCCGUCGAUCAUCACCCAAGAGUUUGCGAAGAAGAUCUUCCUUAUCGGGAAGUCCCUGAACUUCAUCCGAUACGGCUGCGGCGACUCAGGCUGGGUCGAAGCAUACUCCAAAGAAGCCUCCAAGGAGCUGCGGUACGGCGAUACGGCCAGUUUGGAGACUUCAAUCGACGAAGCCUACAAGACCACAAUGGCGCGACUGAUCUACCUCAUGGACGACAAGUUCAAGCUGUUCGACCACCUGCGGGCUCUGAAGAAAUACCUACUACUCGGACAAGGCGAUUUCAUAGCCUUGCUCAUGGAGUCACUGGCCUCGAACCUCGAUCGCCCGGCCAAUUCACAAUAUCGACACACUCUGACCGCGCAGCUAGAACACGCGAUCCGAGCCUCGAACGCGCAGUACGACCCACCGGACGUCCUCCGUCGCCUGGACGCGCGCAUGCUCGAGCUCAGCCACGGCGAGAUCGGAUGGGACUGCUUCACUCUAGAGUACAAGAUCGACGCCCCCGUCGACGUCGUGAUCACGCCAUGGGGCUCCACACAGUACCUCAAGGUAUUCAACUUCCUCUGGCGCGUGAAACGCGUCGAAUUCGCACUCGGAAGCACCUGGCGCCGAUGCAUGACCGGCGCGCGAGGCGUCCUCGGCAGCGUCGACGACAAAGUCGGCUACGACUGGAAGCGCGCGCGGUGCGCCAUCGCCGAAAUGAUCCACUUCGUCAACCAGCUGCAGUACUACAUCCUCUUCGAAGUCAUCGAGUCCAGCUGGGACCAACUGCAAGCGUCCGUCUCCAAGCCCGGUUGUACACUCGACGACCUCAUCGAAGCGCACACCAUCUACCUCGACUCCAUCACGCACAAGGGCCUCCUAGGCUCGACGUCGUCAUCCAAGACGGCCUCCACAAACAGAGAAGACAGCUUCCUCACCCAACUCCACACGAUCCUCAAGAUCAUGCUCUCCUACAAAGACGCCGUCGACGGGCUGUACUCCUUCUCCGUCGCGGAAUUCACCCGCCGACAGGAAGUCAGCGCCAAGAUCGAGACCCGCACCGCCCAAGGCCGCUGGGGCCUCACAGAGCGCGACCUGCUCUCCUCCCGACGCACCGCAUCGUCUUCCAUUUCGACCCCCAAUCUAGCCAGCCGCCCCGGCGGCAACGAUGGCAUGGACACGCCGUCCUCCCUCGCCCACCACGACCUCUCAGCAGACGACCACAUGCUCUCGUCCCUGCGCGUCCGCCUCCGCGAUCUGUCCGCGGAAUUCCGCUCCAGACUCAACAUCCUCCUCGGCGACCUAGCCUACCAACCCGACCUCGACAUGCGCUUCCUCGGCGUAGUCAUGAACUUCAACGACGUCUACGAACCAGUCCGCAGACGACGCACUGUCGGAGCCAGCUCGCGAGAAAAGGAACGAGCUCGUCGCAAGGCGGCUGCUGCUGCUGCUGGAGCGUCCGCCGAUGCCAGCGACAGCCACGGCAAUGCGCAGCCAGAGACAAAGAGGGAGAAGAGGGAUGUCGGUGCGGUUGAUGUUGGAAAUGCAAGCAGUGGGUAGAACGGUUUCUCCGGUUUACUUCGGUUGUUUUCCUCCCCGCUCGGACUUUCUAUUUUAUUCCCUGGUAAAUUUUUGUUUCUUUUCUCUCUCGAAUUGAUUGAGGAGCCCUGCA